AUGUCCAAUUUCGUCCAGCACCAGCAGGUUCACCAGGCCAGCAUUGGCCUGAUUCCUGUACCACACGGCCCAGAAACGGGCGACGAGACGGAGAACUACCCCGUUGGUCCAGAAGGCUACUACACCGAAGAGCAGGAACGCGAAAUCUUCAAGUAUCUGACGCACCCCGACGACAGCUUCGACGAGAAUGGCACCUACUGGGCCGAUCUGAAGCUGGGCAAGCGCAUUUCCUUUGUGAACAAGGUCAACAACGCCGAGGCCGCCAAGGAGCUCAAGAGUACCUGGCAGCUGUUCAAGACGGACCCUCUCGGCCCCGUCACCUGGUAUUUCCGCAAUGCCGUCCUUCCUGGUGCUGGUCUCGGCCUGGAGGGCUAUGUCCUCUUCUCCAUUGGCAACCUGAGCCCGCUCUUCGCUCUCGCCUGGCCUCACUGCUGGGGCUCCAAGAAGGCCCUCGACUGCGACACAAAUUGGAUUUCUGCUGUGUCCUAUCUCGAAGUCGUCGGCAUCAUGAUCGGCCAGGCCGUCGUUGGUGUCAUGGGUGAUUGGCUCGGUCGUCGCUGGGGUCUGAUCCAGGACGCCAUGAUUAUGUUCGUCGGUCUGCUGAUGCUCACGGCCAGCUGGGGCCUGACCAUGAACGGCUGGGUUGUCUGCUAUGCCUGGUCGCUGUUCUUCUACGGCUUCGGUGUCGGUGGCGAGUAUCCCAUGACGGCCACAUCCUCGAUGGAAAAUGCCGUUGGUGCCGGCAAGCUCUCUACCCGUGACGAUCGCCUCCACCGUGGCCGCAAGGUCACCAUGGCCUUUCUGAUGCAGGGUUGGGGCCAGCUGGCCAACCAGGCCCUGCUCAUCAUCCUUCUGCUCAUCUUCCACCACGGCCAGGGUGACCCGCCGUACAGCCUGUCAUCCGUUCAGUGGACCUUCCGUCUCUCGUUUGCCUUCCCCGCCGUCGGCACGCUCUGGCUCGUCUACUACCGUGUCUACAAGAUGCCCAACGCCUCCCGCCAGCUCCAGAUCGCCAAGAAGAAGAGCAAUGUCACCGGCUACGAUCUGGCCUCGCUGCAGAUCACUGUCCACCACUUUGGCGGCCGUCUGCUCGCCACUGCCGGAACGUGGUUCUGCAACGACGUUUUCUUCUAUGGAAACAAGCUGUUCCAGUCGCAAUUCAUCAGCGUCAUCACCGGCGGCUCCAAGAGCGUCAUGGUUGGCUGGGUGUGGAACAUUUGCAACAUCAUCGUCUCGCUGGCAGGCUACUACCUGGCUUCCUUCCUCAUUGACAACAAGCUGUACGGCCGCAAGAUGAUGCAGCAGAUCGGCUUCCUGAUGUGCUUCGUCAUGUUCGUCGUCCCGGCUUUCCACUACAAAUACUACGUCAGCUCCGAGCACAUCCAUGCCUUCCAGGCCAUGUACUUCAUCUCUUCGUUUUUCAACCAGUUCGGCCCCAACUCUGUCACCUUCCUCGUCGCCGGCGAGGUUUUUCCUACCCCCGUGCGUGCCUCGGCUCACGGCUUCUCUGCCUGCAUUGGCAAGGCUGGUGCCCUCCUUGCCUCGGUUCUCUACAAUUACAUCGACAUUCAGACCAAGUUUUACGUCGUUCCCUGGUUCGGCCUGGCUGGCAUGGUCUUGACCUUUGUCUUCCUGCCCGACACGACCGGCCUGGACCUGAAGGAGCAGGAGCGGCGCUGGGACUACAUCAAGCAGGGCCGUGAGCAUGAGUACCACGGCAUUGCCGUCCACCCUCAGCACCUGUCGCUUUGGGAGCGCAUUCGGGGUGUGGGCAAGUACUACGACCCGAAGCUUGACCUGAAGUCCAAGAUCGAGGACAUGCGUGCCGAUUGGGAAACUCGCGAGUUUGCCAAGCGCAAUGCUGAGCAUGAGGGCGGCAAGGAGCACGGCGAUGACGAGCUGACGGCCGAAGCACACCGCUACUUCCAGCACACCAGCAAGGGCAGCCCGCGUCUUGCAGGCCAGAAUGGCAGCGGCAGCGGAAGCAAUGGCGUCCUUGAGGAUGACUACAACAACGAGAAGGAUGCUAGCGCUUGA